AUGGCUCGUCUGUUGCGUUCAUUACAGAGAUUCCUGGGAUCUCCCAGUCCAGAGGUUUCUAUAACCCCAUUAAGGCCAGGGCCUCGUGUUACUCGACCCCGGUCUAUCAAUACCGACUUCUCAAUCUUCCAAGAGGGCGAUCGAGUCGUGUUGCACACCAAGCAGCCCACAUUGACGAAGCCAUUGAAGCAGGGUGGAAAGACCAAUCUUCGACGGGGGAAUCUAGAACAUGAUCGCGUUAUUGGAAGUCGGGCAUGGGAUGCAGUACAGACCCAUAAGGGCCCUGAGCUUCGACUAAGUCUUCCAACUCUCGAGGAAUAUGUUACAUUGACCCCUCGCCAUGUAACACCGAUCUAUUCCCACGAUGCCAAUCUGAUCGUCUCCCUCCUUGAUAUUCACGUGAACCCACCUGCUGACGGCGAAAAACAAGCUCCCAUUGAGAUGCUUGAAUCUGGUACUGGCCAUGGAUCAUUAACAUUGCACUUGGCACGCGCCCUCCACGCCGCCAACACAAACCCACCACCCCGACCAUCAGCAUCGCAGAUUGAGUACGUAACAGGGCGAAAUCGAGGACCAGAGGAGACCGAAGCGUCAGAAACAAAUCAGGAAGCUUCGACGGAGAACAACGAGAUACAAGCCCAAGAAGACUGGGACGCAUGGCGAAGUGAGCGUGGUGCUAUAAUUCACACGGUGGACGUUUCAUCCAAGUUCGCCAAACUGGCCGAACAAAAUGUGAAGGGAUUCCGCCGUGGUAUAUACUCUGGAACUGUGGACUUCUAUGUUGGCGCGGUAGAGGAAUGGAUCAGUGCGCAAGUGGCCCGACGAACAAAGGACUCGCAAGCACUCAAGCCUUUCCUGUCCUAUGUUAUGCUAGACAUGCCAUCCGCACAUGAGCGAAUCCCACUGGUGAAGGAUUCCAUCAUGCGCGAUGGUAAGUUACUUGUCUUCGCCCCUAGCAUUACGCAGAUUGGAGACUGCGUAAGAACGAUUCACGGGAUGAACCGGCCUUUUGUCUUGGAACGAGUUGUUGAACUUGGGUCAGGAUUAACAAGUGGGCGAAACUGGGAUGUUCGUCUCACUGUGAAGAAGUCUGGCUCUGAUCCUUCGACUUGGGAAUCAGUGACUGAGGGCGAGGAAGGAACCCAAGGAGACGAAGCAUCGGAAUCUGAAGCCAUCACCAAUGUUGAAGCUAGUGUUGAAAGCUCAACUUUGAACCCGGCAUAUGAUGAAAAGAAUACUGUCAUGGUUUGCCGUCCAAAGGUUGGACUGCGUACCAUGGGUGGUGGUUUCAUCGGAGUCUGGCGCCGCAUUGAGGAUCAUCCGUAG